AUCAAGUCAAGCCAGUGUCACUCACUCUCUCUCACUAUUCACCAUUUCUCUGCUUCUCUCUAUCUGUACUUUCUCUCUCUAGGAAUCGACUAGGAGGAACGCAGGGGAGGAGUUUUGGGUCGUUGACAAUGGCGGGAAGUGGAGUUUUUGCAGAAACCAUUGAUGGAGAUGUGUUCAAGUACUACGCAGAUGGGGAGUGGAAGAAGUCAUCUUCUGGGAAAUCUGUUUCUAUCAUCAACCCAACUACCAGAAAGACCCAGUACAAAGUUCAAGCUUGUACACAGGAAGAGGUGAACAAGGCCAUGGAAACAGCGAAAACUGCGCAAAAAUCGUGGGCAAAGACCCCACUCUGGAAGCGAGCAGAGCUCCUUCACAAGGCAGCUGCUAUUCUCAAAGAGCACAAAGCCCCCAUUGGCGAGUGUCUAGUAAAGGAAAUCGCUAAACCAGCUAAAGAUGCAGUAACUGAGGUUGUUAGGUCUGGGGAUCUUGUUUCUUACUGUGCCGAAGAAGGGGUUCGAAUUCUGGGAGAGGGAAAGUUUUUAGUAUCCGAUAGUUUUCCUGGAAAUGAGAGGACCAAGUACUGCCUUACUUCUAAGAUUCCACUUGGUGUUAUUCUGGCAAUUCCACCCUUCAACUAUCCAGUUAACCUUGCUGUCUCCAAAAUUGGUCCUGCUCUGAUUGCUGGAAACUCUAUUGUGCUCAAGCCUCCAACUCAGGGUGCUGUGGCUGCGCUUCAUAUGGUGCAUUGCUUCCACUUAGCUGGAUUUCCCAAGGGCCUCAUCAGCUGUAUUACAGGGAAAGGCUCUGAGAUUGGUGAUUUUCUCACAAUGCAUCCCGGGGUGAACUGUAUAAGCUUCACUGGUGGAGACACGGGUAUUGCAAUUUCAAAGAAAGCAGGCAUGAUUCCGCUACAGAUGGAGCUUGGAGGAAAAGAUGCCUGCAUCGUGCUUGAGGAUGCUGAUCUAGAUUUGGUAGCAGCAAAUAUUAUAAAAGGCGGUUUUUCCUACAGUGGUCAAAGAUGCACUGCUGUGAAGGUUGUCUUGGUGAUGGAAUCGGUUGCUGAUGCCCUUGUCGAAAAAGUGAAGGCCAAAGUGGCAAAAUUGACGGUUGGGCCACCCGAGGACAACUGUGAUAUCACUCCAGUUGUUACAGAGUCAUCUGCAAACUUUAUUGAAGGGUUGGUCAUGGAUGCUAAACAGAAAGGAGCAACAUUUUGCCAGGAGUACAAGCGGGAGGGCAACCUUAUUUGGCCAUUGUUGUUGGAUCAUGUUCGCCCUGACAUGAGGAUUGCGUGGGAGGAGCCUUUUGGACCGGUUUUGCCAGUUAUUAGAAUCAACUCUGUUGAAGAAGGAAUCCACCAUUGCAAUGCAAGCAAUUUCGGCCUGCAGGGCUGUGUCUUCACAAGGGACAUCAACAAAGCAAUUUUGAUCAGCGAUGCCAUGGAGACAGGAACAGUUCAGAUCAACUCAGCACCGGCUCGGGGCCCUGAUCAUUUUCCUUUCCAGGGUUUGAAGGACAGUGGAAUUGGAUCACAAGGGAUCACCAACAGCAUCAACAUGAUGACGAAGGUGAAGAGCACUGUCAUCAACUUGCCUACUCCUACAUAUGCCAUGGGCUAAUAACCCAACCAUAUCAGGAAAUAAAUCUAUUAUUACACGGUACUAGUAUUGUAUUCUUGCUAAUAGUGAAAAUCAAUGAAUGAGUUUUAGAUUUAGUCUAUAUCAGUAAUGAGGAACUGAAGAAUAACGCAGAGAUUUCUAGUAUAAUGGAUUUUGUUCUUGACAAUGUGUAUCUAUGUUUGGCAGCUUGGAAAAUUGUAUGUGGACGUACACGUGUACAUCUCUUCUUGUAAUGUCACCGAUAUCCUUGGACAAAAAAUCAGUUGCAAAAUGUAGUCCUAAACUCUGAUGAGAAUUAUGAAUAACAGAGCUUAGUUGGUUGGCAAUUAUAA